UUUUCAGGUUUAACGUUUAUUCCUAAGUGGAACUGGUUGGCUGUUUUCACAAUGGGUAAUUCAAGCGGGCACAACAACACUUUGAGUAUCCCGCCAGGAAAAGGACCCCACCAAGUGGGAUGCACAGACUUGAUGGUGGGCCGCACAGUCCAUGGGACGUUCUUGAGACUCUACUAUCCAUGCCAAGCAUCUGAGAAUCCUCAGCUGCCAGAUUGGGUCCCGUGCAGGGAGUAUUUCAAUGGCCUCGCAGACUUUAUGAAGAUGAACAGAGCACUGAGUGAAAGAAUUUUUAACUACCUCUUUGGGUCUUGUAAAAUCCCAGCAGCCUGGAAUGCGUCGUUUAAACCAGAUGGGAAAUAUCCUGUUAUUAUUUUCUCUCAUGGACUGGGAGCUUUCAGGACAUUAUAUUCAGCCAUAUGUGUUGAACUGGCUUCACAGGGCUUCAUUGUUGCAGCUGUGGAGCACAGGGAUGAAUCUGCUUCUGCAACUUUCUACUUCAGAGAACAUGCUGAGCCAGGAACAAAAAAGCAUCCAUCAUGUGACAUAGCCAAGCCUCUGUCUGAUAAUCUGGAGGAGGUUUGGAUGUACUACAGGCCGUUGAAACCAGGCGAGAAUGAGUUUCCUCUAAGAAACAAGCAAGUAAAGCAAAGAGCAGAUGAAUGCAUCAGAGCCUUGGAUAUUCUCUUUGACAUCAAUUCAGGAAAGUCUGUAGAGAACGUCUUACAGUGUGACUUUGAUUUGUCAACAAUGGAGAACUCCAUGGACUUGUGUAGAAUAGCGAUUAUGGGACAUUCCUUUGGAGGCGCGACGGUGAUCGAAUGUUUGUGCAAGGACGUCAAAUUCAAGUGUGGUGUGGCACUGGACACCUGGAUGUUUCCUCUGGACGAGGAGAUCUUCCCUGGAGUGAAGCAGCCAAUCUUUUUUAUUAACUCUGAAAAAUUCCAGUGGAUUGGGAAUAUCAUCCGUAUGAAGAAGCUGGACUCUGCCAUCUUUCCUAGAAAAAUGAUAACCAUCAAAGGGACAGUCCAUCAGAGCUUCCCAGAUUUCACAUUUCUUACUGGGAACUGGAUUGGAAGGCUCAUGAAGCUAAAAGGAGAGAUUGAUCCACACAUAGCCUUGGAUCUUUCCAACAAAGCAACUUUGGCUUUUCUUCAACGCCACUUAAAUAUGGACAUAGACUUCAAUCAGUGGGAUGCUUUAAUUGAUGGAAAAGAUGACAACUUGAUUCCAGGAACCAAUAUUACUAUCCCACAGUCAUCUAUUUAGUUGAGUAACAUGAAUACAAUGUAUAUGGAUGUGUAUCCGUACAAUGAUUUUGUAACCUUGCACAUGUAACAAAUAAGAGUCAGAAGGUUACACACCUUUGAGAAAGGGCCAAUCUAUCACUAUGCAAAAUCUGUUUUUGAAAUUUCAUAAAAGACUAAAUUUUGACUGCUGUGUAGGAGUACGAUUGAAUUUGCACUAUGGAUUAGAUGGUGAUCUGAUGUAAAUCACAUUUCGUAUUUUUUUUUUUUUAAACACGGCAAAACUACUCUAUACAGGAUGACUUAUGAAAGGUACCAUUGCAAUAGUGCAAUAGACUUUAACUUUUUUAAACACUUCACCGUCCUUGUUGUGUGCCUUCAUGUUUUUAGUUAUAUAAAGUGGGUUUUUAUAUCAAUGCAGUGUGUUCAAUGAAUUCUGUGACUGAUGUUAAAAGGGGUCUGUUGACAACCAUUUGAAAAUAUGAAAUACCAUACUGUGAAAUAUCGUUGGCAUAGCUUGCUUGUUUCACCCUAAUGAUUUUAACACCUAGAAAGUAACCUCAUAGUUCUCUCUGGAUCUGUAACUAAAACCUGCGAUUUCCUGAUUUGUAAGAAAAUAUAAUCCGAUUUUACACUACUAAUUUCUGGUCAGUUAAAAAAAAAACUAUCACGUGGGAUUUCAAUAUUUCGAUGGUUUCCAGCAAAGCCACAAAAAUGCACAAGUUCUUUAUAUGUAUAUGGGAUUUUGUUUAUUAAACAGAAUAUCUCACCUUU